AUGAAUAACAAUAACCCGCACCACCAGUUCCCCUUCAACUCCGACACACAGAAACAUCACGCGCAAUUCUCAGACUCAUCAAGACCUUUUCCUCCUCCUCCACCUAGGUUAAGUAGGAUACCAUCGAUACCAAAUCAGCCGGAUUCAGGUCCAGUCUACUCACAUAGAGGAUCAUACGACGCGUCGCCAUACUUCUCACCUCAAGCCAGUCAGUCUUCUUCAUACUUUCCUGGUCAGACACAACAGCCAGCAUCAUACCUUGCUGGUACGCAAACGCAACAGCAGUACACAUCCUAUUUAGCUGGUCCUGCACAGCCAUACUACGGCCAAUCGGGCGACUAUUCGGUACCGGAAGACAACAUGGCUAGAUUGCGAAAUAGGCCACAAGUCAACUACAGUGACGAUGCAUAUUCCACAAACGAGUUCAACGAGCGAGUCGCCCCUCAACAACGUAUCCCACCACAACCUCAGCCCAUCAUGUCUGCUCCACUCCCAGUUCAGCAGCCGUUACAACAAGCACAACCAGUAGCGUCAAUACCACAAGCCAUGCCACAGCACAAUCUUCCGCAGGUCGAAGUCAAGACCAAGUUCCCUGUAGCGAGGAUCAAACGCAUCAUGCAACUGGAUGAGGAUAUUGGCAAAGUAGCACAAGCUACACCAACAGCUGUUGCCAAAUCGCUGGAGCUGUUCAUGAUCGACCUCGUGGCCAAAGGUGCCGCCAACGCCAAAGAUCAGGGCAGCAAACGUGUGACCGCGACGCACUUGAAGAAUGCGCUGCUGGCCGAUCCACAGUACGACUUCUUGAGCGAGAUAUGUGAAAACAUCCCAGAUGAAAAUGUCAAAAAGAGUCGAGCAAAGUCCGAAGCAAAGAGUGAUAGUGACGACGAAGAUAUCACCGCCGCCGCAGCACCUAAGAAGAAAAAGGCUGCCGGCAAGAGGAAAAAGGCGGGAGGAGAAGAUAGCGACUAG